GCUGGGGCUUUGCGCGCUUAUUCUCACGCCUUCACUCAUUCACUGUCUCUCUCUCGCUCGCUUUUGUGCUCGUUGCCUCGCUCCUCACGCCGUCACUCGGGCAUCCUGCGGGGGGCUGAGAGUGCGCAGUGCGGCCGGCCCACCCGGGGAGUGGUUCCGCUCCUCGCCGUCAGUCACGCAGCCGGAGGAGGCGCACACGCACGCAGACGCGACUCGCGCCGCGCACGUCGUCAACUUGCCUGCGAGUCCCAAAUCCAAAACAAGACACUCGCGCGCACGCACAAGUUCUGGACUAAUCCGACUCUCGUGGACUUCCCCUUGACGUCCACCUGCUCCGGCGCGCGGAACAAUGCCGAGAAACGGCGUACGGUUCUCCUGCCGGUCCGCCCGCAAACUGCUUCCGCAGCCACUGCUAUUGACAGCGGCUUGGCUCCUCCUCACCGGCCGAGGUGUCGGCGCUCAGAAGGUGCGCGUGGAGGAGGAGUUGGAGGCGUACCCAAACGAGUCGGUGGACCUGCGCUGUCAAUUCAUCGACAGUGAUAGCAUAACCAAACUCACGCAGGUGUCGUGGAUCUGGGAGCCCACUGAGGGCCAGCGAGACAAUAUCGCCGUCUUCCAUCCCAUGUAUGGCCAGAGUUUCCCAGACUUGGCCUUCAAGGACCGCGUGGCCUUCCUGCACAACAAGCUGGUGAACCCGUCCAUCCGGAUCUCUGACCUGCGCAUGUCCGACGCCGGACGCUACACCUGCGAGUACGCCACCUACCCGACGGGCAACGAACAGGCCACCACUACGCUCGUCAUGCUGGCCAAACCCAAAAACUCUGCCAACGUGGUGACGGUGCAGGCGGGCACCAAGGCGAUGGUGGUGGCGCAGUGCCAGGCGGCAGAUGCCAAGCCGGCGGCGACCAUCAAGUGGCUGGCGUCGGUGGGGGGCAACCACACGACCAGCAGCACCGCCGGGCCCGAUGGCACGGUCACCGUGCGCAGCGAGUACCGGCUGGUGCCCACGCCGGCCGACGACGGCCGGGAGGUGACCUGCAUGGUGGACCAGCGCACCCAGGACAAGACCUGGACGCACCAACUCAGGCUCUCUGUGGAGUACCCCCCCUCCGUCUCCAUCGAGGGCUACGACCACAACUGGUUCAUGGGCCGCUCGGACGCCGUGCUGGUCUGCACGGCCAAAGGCAACCCGCAACCCACCACCGUCACCUGGACCGCGGCGUCGGGCCCCUUGCCAGAUUCGGUGCUGGUGGACGGCAACAAGCUGACGGUGAGGAAGGUGGACGACACCGUCAACACCACCUUCAUUUGUGAGGUCAAGAACAAGCACGGCGCCGCCAAGCACCAGAUUACCACCUUCGUCAUCGAAGCCUUGGAGGACCCGUCCAGCACCGGGGCGGUGGCGGGCGCCGUGAUCGGCUCCCUCCUGGCCCUGCUUUCGGUUGUGGCGCUGGUGGCGGUGCUGGUGAUGCGAGGCCGCCGCCAGCACCAGCGCGGCGGGGGCGGCGCAGAUUCGGUGGCGGCAGGCGGCGGCAGUGGCAACGGCGCCGACUACGGCAACAAGGCUCGUCUUCUGUUCGGCGGCGAGGGUAGGAACAACAACGGGCCGACGUAUAAGUACCGCGAGGGCUGCGACAACACGGGGACUCUGACGGAGAAGGCCAACGACUUCCGCCGCCUCCACCAGCAUCCCGCCAAGCCCUCCACCCACGACAUCCUCCUGGAUGAGGCGGAGAGGCGCAAGUUUGACGACAGCCUGGAGGAGGACGAGUGCUACGACCGAUUCGAUGGCGGGAACCCUCCGGCCUACGGCGGCGGAGACGCCAUGUACCUGGAUGACGACAUGGAGUCCCAGCGGGACGGCUCCGUCAUUUCCCGGACGGCCAUUUACGUGUGAAGCGGCCAACCCGUCCCCUGCAAAACUUGGACUUGCAAACAGCCGAACGGGUCCAAAAGUGACCGGACAAGCACAUCAACGCUUCAAAAGGGACGCCGCUUGUCGCUGUGUUCUCGUUCUUGAGCUUUGUGCGUGUUGGUGUGCCUCGGUACUCGCUAUCUCUUGGAAACGUCGUCUGGUCUGCGUACAACAAGAAACGCAUUCUUGCCUUCUUUUGUCGGCUUGUCAAGCUGGACCGUGUGUGUGUGUAUGUGCUCAUGUUGAUGGCAGAGGUGGGGUCCAGUCACAUGGCUUUUCGGACUUGCCCGACUGAAACAUCCGUGACUUUCUCCCACCUCUGAUUAAUAGCGUGCGUUAUCUUCUAUCUACUGGGCGUCGUCUCGCUAGCCUCAAUGUUGUCGUCGUGUAUCGGUGAAAAGAAGCACUUGGAGCAGUUCCGCAUUUUUUGUGGCGGGAUGACUCAUCGCUUAUAAAUACUCAAUUUGGAUCAUUUUCUUUUUUUUUUUUUUUUCUCGCCGUCUUUCUUCACGCCGCUCUAUUUCUGGCGCCCAUCUUUAUUUACGCAGCGGCCGGCUUAUCGGCCGUGGCAGAUCACCGCGCGGUAUUUACAAAACCCAAUCUGUGUCUUUGUUUCUCACAUCUUGAACAAGCAAAGCUCAUUCGGCACCGCGCGCUUCUUUCUAAAUCCUCCUCAACCCGUCUUUUCAACAAGAUUGGCGCUUUUAUUUCUGUUGGGUUUUUGCUUCCUUUCUGCGGGGAUUUGUUCCAACAAAUCGUAGGAACAAUCCAUAGAAUCCGCAGACUUGUGCGUGUGGUUUCGGAUUAGGAUUUUAAUUACAAAUGUAUUAAGGUCCUUUUAAAAUGUCGGACUACUUGACAACGUGACAUCGUAGCAAAACUGCAGGAUUUCAACGGGACAUUAAAAAUCCAACGUUGGGAUCCACAAAUGGAGUUUCUGUGAAUGUAAACGCGGUCACGCGUCACUUGGAGGAACUCUCGACAAUAUUUUAAUUCUUGGAACACGUUUGCCUUGUUCAUCUGCUGCUUUCUCCUUUGUUGAUUUGACAUUUUCUUGAUCCGUGUUGUCUUAUGGCGGAAGAACUACAACAUGGUGGCUGUAGAAAAUAAAAUGUGCGUGUUACGUGUUUUGGUCGUUGGAGUAAAAAAAAAAAGGGUUGUGUGAGUACUUUAAAAAUAAAUGUCUAUGGGAUGUGGAAAGGAAGUGCAGAUGUGAGCUUAUCUAGCACAAAAAAGAAACCAUUAGCCGCUUUCCAAACCCUCACUGAGCGUCGAUUGUUCCUCAACAUCCUCCACGGGCCGUUUCAUCCCCAAACAUCCUCGCACGAGUCAAGAGUGUCUCGUGUCACCUCAUCCCAAAGUGUGUUGACGCUAGCUCACAAGAAGACACUUUGAUGAAGAAACAAACAAGUUUCUGAACAGAGUUUUGAGGAUCUUUCACCCAAAAAGAAAAAAAUCCCGGCUGAGGCGGCGGUUUCAUCUCCUUCCUGCACUUUCUGUUAGUUUGCCUCAACACGUCUUCUCUCGAGUGGAUUCCCGCGUUCCUUUAUCGAGAUUUCUCUCUUUGGCGCCUAAUUAGCAAGGAGGCGUGCAGCGAGAUCAGCCGCUGACUUUUCUUUCCCUGCGCAAGUCAUUUGAAUAAAAACCCCAAUCUUAUGAAAACCUCGGCGGGGAAGCCGGCAAUCAGUGAGAUUUCCCGCCAUUCGCCGUGAGCUACCUGACUGCCUAAAAUGGCCGCUUUAGCUACGGGCGUCAUUGAUAGCGAUGCUAAUUAACGCCGUCCGAGUGUCUUGCGGGAAAGUCUUCGUGUCGGUAAGUAACCUCAGCGAGUCGCUUGAGGUUGGUGUCUUUUGACAGAAGUCUAGCUAGAUCUUCAUACGCCGACGUAAAACCCCCGCCAAGUCGAAGGGUGUCGCUUGGCUAGCGCGGCGGUGCGGCGCUGUUCUCUUGGCGCUCCAUCUAGAGAAUUGCAAAAAGGGAACAAGCCAAAGAGGAGGAGGACACAAAGAAGACCUCAAUACAAACCGCCAAUGGAGUUAAUCCUGCCAUUUUCUAAUCCCUAUUUGUUAGCUUGUUUUUUUUGUUUUGUUUUUAACACAGCGCCAACUGCUUGGUUACCACCAACAGUUUUUACCAUUCCAGUUCACCACAAGGUGUUCCCACCAUCUUUGAUUCGGCACCAGGAUCGCAAGCUUACCAAAUCAUCCUCCGACUGCCAAGUGGAGGAUGAGGAGUCAGGGGAGGCGGCCUAUUAGUGAUUGAGCUCGGCUUUUGUGGUUAAUCCGGCAAAAGCCGAGCUUGUUCCGGGCCAGCCGCGGCGUGGCAAAACUUUCCCGUCUUCCUUCGUCAACCCGUGUAAGCGCUUUAUCGCAACGUGUGGGUAAACCCGUCUGGGUUUGCUCACGCCUUUCGGUUUUUCUUCUCAACUAGUUGCGAUGUCAUGGUCUUCAAAUGCUUUUCACUUUAUGAGGGACAAACCAAGAACCCCAAACAAGCACUUUGGUUGUCAACGUGCCUCGCGAAAAGUCUUGCUAUCACAUGAUUUCUAUAUGAUUCUGUAGUCAAAAGAUUUUGGGGGUUAUAAAACAUGGUUUCAAUGCUUUUCAGUGUUUUUGAACAUUCAGCCCUUGAGGCCAGUUUGACAAGACAUUUGGUCGACUCCCCAAUCCCCAAUGAAUAGACCGAAAAAGUCUCAAGAAGCCAUUCUAAAAGAUUCAAUAAGUCCGCCUAGAAGUUCACAAACAUUUGAGAAGCGUCAGCAAAGUCAUUGACAGAAAAGCUGCGAGUGGGCGAGCGACACGCCGCGUGCUGAUCCCGCUAAACAUGUUUCUAUUCUCCCUGCGAUGCUUUCAGACCAGGAUUUCUCUCCUCGGCGUGUCGUUUCACAAACGAUUGCCUUCCCUCAGCCAAAACAAAACCAAAACAAAACAAUCUCUUGCAUAAUUUUCAUCAUCAGUCAGUGAGAAGAUGGGAGACUGUCCAAGUCUUUGACCAUGUGGGUGAUCCGUCCCCGCGGGAGGAAUUAGUCCAGCUCACCGAGCAGAUUAAACGCAUUCGUGCGCAUGUUUUGUAUUUCACAAAUCGCACAUAUUUGUUUGCCUCGCUGAUGCGCUCGCCGCUUUCUGGCCCUUUGUGUGACGAGUAGCUUGUUGUCACUGUUAGCGUGACCGCAUGCUAACUAGCAGUGGUGUCCUUUAAGCCCGCGAGCGGGGAAAACAGCAUUACGGGCUGAAUAAAAACGUUGACACGGAAACUAGAGGUCAUACCUGUUUAUGUUGCCAUUUUGGUUUGGAUUUUGUGUGUUUGUGUGUGUGGGGGGGGAGGGGGCAUAUGCCAAGUUUCAGCGGAAAAAGUGAAAGUUAUUCCUCCGCUUCUCAUGGCCGGAUUAGACAAGCUUACUUUUGAAUGCCUUGCGGUUAGUGUGUGUGUGUGUGUGUGUGUGUGUGUGUGUGUGUGUGUGUGUGUGUGUGUGUGUGUGUGUGUAAUACAUUUGUGGCAAGGAUGCAAGUUGUGCGAGAAGGCAAACUUGUUUACAUCUGUACUUUCAGGGCACAGCUAAAUAAGGCGAUUGUGUGUGCAUGCGUGUGUGUGUGUGUGUCUGUGUGUGUAUACACAUCUUGUACUUAACUCAGCUUUGCUGUAGGGAGCAAACAGGACGUCGUUAUUCCAAAUCAAGGUUCGGCGUCUGGUCGACUGCGCCAACGCUCGUAGUGGCCCUCAAUUAGUUUUGGAAAAUAAAAAUGCUUCCUAUAGCUGAGCAGGCCAAAAUGAUAAUAACAAAGGGCAAGUUUUAGUUUUUGAAAGACUUAUUUUACAGGGACGUCUGAAAAGAAAGCCGUUUCUUUCCUGACUUGACAUGCCCGUUGCGUUUAUUGGCUCUCGCUCACUAAACUGCUGUCAGCUCACCUUUCACGCUUCGCUCUCGAGACGCUGUGACAAGCGCAAUCCUCAUCAAUCUGACUUUGAAGCUUCCCGACGCCGCUGAGAUGCGCAAGCGGCCGCAACACGGCGGCGCUCGCUUGGCCAAAAAGAAGCCGACCACAAAACUGCCCAAUUUUUUCAAAGCAGUUAAUUUGUUACCCGUCUCGUCUUCUGUACGUUUUUUUUUUCCGCCGAAUCAUUUUGUGACGAGGGUGGCCGAACAAAAGCUCCAAAAAUGUCUUUUCUGUCAGUUGACACCAGCCUGUUUUUUUUUUUUCCUCAUCAUUUGGCACCAAUUAAACCAGCCUAAAAGGGAGAAAAGCCUUCAGCCAUUUUGUCAUCCUCUCUUUUUCUCACUCCCUGUUAAAGUGAGCAGUUAGGGAUAAUUGAAAAACUUUUCAAUUAAUAAAUGCAGUCGGCAUCGACGCUGCCAAAUGGAGCAGCGCCGAAAGCUGCUGCUGCUGCUGCUGCUGCAGCUUGCCGCCUCACACUUGUGUCUGCAGUGGGAAAACCAGAUUGUGUGAAGAACCUUCACGUGGUCGUCGUCUUUUGAGUCUGGCCUACUUUUUGCCUCAAAGGCAGAAAGCGCAAGGGAAUCGACCACAUGGACGUAUCAUGAUUAUCUUAUAUUUAUAAUUCAUACGUUCAACAUUUGGAACACGUAACGGAGACAUAUUGUGCGCUUUGCUGUAAUUAAGACACAUUAAGGAAAAUUGUCACGUAUGCUAAUCGUUUGGUGCCUCUGGGGGACAGCAGAGAGGUAAUUUUUAUUUUUUUUGACUCUUUUUUUUUUGGGCCAUUGCUGGAGUCGUUGACGUUAAAGAGAGCUGUCAGGCCGUCAGGCUGCUGCUGCUCGGCCUCUCCACCUGAACUGUCACAUGCCCGCAAUCACACACACACACACGAGCGACAUCCCACGUCAACGCCCCCCUCCCCACCUGCCUGUCUGUCUUGUCUGAGACCUGUGGAAUUCUUUUUGUCUUUUUUUUUUUUUUUUUUUCUUUGCAAAAUGGCUGAAGGCUUUUCUCCCUUUUAGGCUGGUUUAAUUGGUGCCAAGAUUUUGCAGUUUCAAAUUCGGCCUCUACUGUAGAAAAUCCAAUAAAAAAAUGCCUAGCGUGUGCAAUAUGAAGUUCACUCAGAGGCCACUUUAUUAGGGAAAUGUUCUUGCGCAAUGUAAUGCGUAUAGAUAAAACUGUCGCAUAACCGGGGGAGGGAAAAAAAAAAAAAGAAGACGGCUUUUGUGAAAGGGUCAAUGGAGUCAGGUGUGAUGGACAGGAGGCGUCUGGGAGGUCAAAGCCAACUUGACAGGUGAUUAAAGGAGCCAUUGAACUUUGCGCCGCGGCAAACGAGCCCCGCUCACCUCCUUCGCUAGCUCAUUUGCAUAAAAAUCUGACAAAGCGGGUCACAAGUUCAACAUUUCAUCAUCUUUUUAUUUCGCUUGAGGAGGGAAUGACUUUUUAAUGAGACUUGGAAGCUCGCCUUCCGCGCAGGGCCAUCGUCCGCUUGGGAUUUGACAGACAAAGGCAAGGACGCCGUUGAUUUUUUUAGCCAUCAAAGAUUUUUGCUUAUUAAUGAAGUGACGACGCUCCAUUGUGGCAAACAAUCAAUAAACUGAAAAUUUCAACACAGUAGUGUGGACAGAUAAGAGGUUUAAAUACCCUCUUUUUAAUUAAAAAAAAAAUUCAACCCUCAAGUCUUAAGCUCAAAUAAAGGUCUAAUAAAGCGAGCCACAUCCUCUCUCCCAGUUAUCACCUUGCGCUAAGCAGCUGUCUUAAAAUCACUCGUGUGUUUCCUGCGUGCACCAAGGCCUUUACUUCCCAUUAAAAAAAAAAAAAGAACAUUUUAACCUCAGCGCAGCAGACAA